AUGUCUCAAAGUCGAAAGCGCAGUGGCGGCGUAUCGUCGACAGCCAACUGUUACCCUAAACGCACGGCGGUGGAUACAACGAUGCGUCACACUGAAACGGAAUGCACAACAAACAUGGUCGAGUGCUUUCGCACAGAGAAACAGAUCUACAGCUACAAAGUUGUUUUCGAACCAGUGUUGCCCGAGUCGCCCACGCUCACAGACAACGAAAAAGAAGACUUCCUUCGGAAAGAAAUACAUUCCAAAAUUAUGUAUGACGGCGACGGCGUGUUGUUCAGCACACACAAAUUGCUGACUUUGGCGUUGCCCGGCGUGACCGGUUCAAAGAAGACACCUUGCAUGGCUUACCUCGAGGAGAUAUCAGGCGCCAAAGAAGAUUUCAAGCCGUUGUUGUGCCUGGUUUUAAAAGAAUGUUGCAAGAAGAUGGGAAUGACAGAGAGUUGUUCGGAUUCCAUAAACACGGCCGUGUUUUUGUCGGGUCCCACCUUUGACGAAACGAUCUCAAACGUGGCACUGUACCAGAAAUAUAUUUUCCAAGUCCGCAAGCUCAAAAGCCACUACAGCCUCCUAAUUGAUUACGAGUGCCCUGCCUUUGCGACGAAAACAAGUGUGCUGCAGUGCAUCCAAAAUAUGGCAGAGGCCUUGCCCACUGCGACAAAUACGAUGGAUGUUAUUAGAGAGACCCUGACUGGAAAAACUGUUUUGGUUACAUGUGACAGGCGCUUGUGCACUGUGGCCGGCGUGGACUUUUCCGCUAGUCCGUCACAAGCGACCAAUGAAGGCGCGGCUAUGACGCUGGCGACGCACUGUUCAUCCGAGAACGUUACGAUUGCUGGAUUAGAGGGUACACCGCUCCUCUACACCUUUGUUCGCGGUAGACGCCAGUUACUCGACCCUAAACGUUGCGUGCAGCAGCUGUCGAACAGCGACUCAAGGGUUUUGCCGAGUAGUGUUGUGCAACUCAUCACGAAACGCAGCACAGUGCUGCCAAAGAAAUCACUGGAGCGUAUACGUCAAAUGUUGGCAGCCAUCGACAAACACGAGCAGGUAUGUCACAUCUUUGCGAAGUGGGGAUGGCAGUUGACCUCCACCUUGAAGACGGUUGCGGUUCACGACUUUUCUCUACCUCAACUGACCUACGGUAGCAACGAAACACAUCCUGCGCGCAAAGAUGGCGUCUGGCACAACUUGAGUGCUAGGUGCAUGUUCGAAGCUCCAAAGUUGACGAAUUGGUUGGUGGUGGCCCCCCGGGGCUCUCAAUGCAAAAUCAUGUCUUUCGUCGCAUCUCUACUGGCAAACGGCACAAGCGUCGGACUGGAUGUACCGCGCCCUGUUAUCACUUUUGCCGAUUACACCGACAACGAAUGGCGUGCACGAGCCACACGGCUUUGCAACUCACAGCCGUGCUACGUUUUAUUUUUGGUGGAGUCACGCAGCCGACUUCAUUACGCUUCACUGUCGGCAUUCGCCAUGUCGGAACUGAAAAUUCCCUUUAAGGUUGUAUCUUUGGAUGAGGUUGCUACGGGUGAGUUGGUGAAGCACCAUGAGAUUCAGCGACUGCUCAACAAAUUGACGGCUGAAUUGGGCGGAGUUCCGUGGAAAAUUCAGCAGCUAUCCGACUUUCUCUCCCAGCAGCACGUCAUGGUGCUGGGACUGCACGUCGCCAAAGACUGGGCCACAGGAGUUGCGGUCACUGCAGUUGCCGCAACCUUGAAUCGCGAAAUGACGCGUUACUUCUCCAACAGCACAACCCACCAACUGGAAGAUAUCGGGACCUCUCUGUUUCCUCCCGUGUUUGCCGAGCACCUCUCCGAAGCAGUUAGUGCCUAUGAAGAAUGCAAUCAUCGACCGCCCGACGCCGUUGUGAUGUAUGGCAGAGGUGUCGAUGCUGCUGGACGAUUCGGAGCCGGCCUCACUUGCGACGAACUCUCCACGAUCACGCGCCGUUUGAAAACAAAGUCACCAAGAGACGACGACAAAAACACACCGUACAGCUACACGCUGGUGGACGACAACUGCCGCCUUCGUAUUUAUCGUCGCGAGAAAAGAAACCCACAAAUAACCAAUCCACUCUGCGGAAUGAUCGUGAAAGAGAUUAACUCUCGGGAGUCGGCCAUUGUCACGGAGAAAAUGAAUCACGGCACAAUUUCGCCAACCUGCUACCAGACCGUUGCAGACUUCAUUGGGCUCAAAGGAAUGCAAACGGAGAUGUUGUCGCUAGACUUGUGUCACCUCAACUACGCCGAUCCGGGUUCGUCGCGCAUACCCGCACCACUCGUCUACGCGGAGAAGCUGUGUCAGCUGCGGGCCCUCUCUGGCACUACACCGCCUUCAUCGUGGAAAAAUAAAUAUUAUUAUUUGUGA